AUGCGGUUGGUGCCGCAUAACUUCGUGGUGGUGAAGGGGGCUGGCGAGAAGGGGUGCGAGUAUGUAGAAUUCAACACCGACGAGCACGGGAUGAUAAAGCAAAAUGUAAGGAUUAAUCAAAGCAAUCUUAUCGAGUGGUACUGUUCUGAAGAACACGAUUCUCCACCAUGUCUGGGUGGCUCAACCAGCCACGAGGCUCCAAUUUUUGCAUGCAAAGAGUCAACCUCUGCAGCCCGUAUCGAAGAGAACAGUUUGGAGAACACCACUAUUUCUGAUGUUCUGAAUGUCAAAGGGAAAGGAGCACAUGGAUUUUGUCUCUGGUGCGCGACUGAUGACAGUGUGUAUGAAGCUGUGAAAUCGAUGACACUGCACAACGUUGGAGCUCUGGUGGUGGUUAAACUAUGGGAGAAAAAGUCGAUUGCAGGAAUUAUCACUGAAAGAGAUUACCUCCGCAAGAUAAUUGUCCAGGGAAGGUCAUCCAAGUGA